AUGGGGAACGCUUUGCUCCAACGGUUGGAGGCGACCGUUGAGCGGGACAGGCUAGAAGAGUCCCCGACUGCGCCUGCGCUUAGAAAAAUCUUCCGGUCAUGGAAUUCAACGGAUUUGUGGACGGGGUUGAGGAGGUAUUUUUGAAGUGUUGUUUAGGAGUUGAUCCUUCUACGACUACGAGCUACCACCUAUUUGUAACAUUAAGGUGAGCUGCUACUCCAUAUUUGCACAUACAUUUACGAUGGAGCUAAGAGGUUUUGUAAAUAAUCUUUAGUGAAUAUGAUGAUAAAGCUUGUUCUCUAGAAAAACUAAUAACCUAACUACAGGUACUGGAACGAGUUUCCCAAGAGACCGGAAUAUUUGUCAUAUGGAGAUAUGCAACACGUGCUUUGUCUAGAGGAGUCUGAAGCGAUGUUCCUGUGGGACACCUGUUCAAAUACGGAGCUGGAGCAGAUACGUAUUUUUGUUGAAACUUGUUGUUGUUGUUUUGAAGAUAAGCUUGGAUAAAAUGGAUGUGGAUAGAAUGGAUCAUGCUAGAGUAUCGCUAUACUAGUGUUGGAUAGAAUGGACGAUGCUGAAGUUAGUAUCGCUAUUUAUAGUAGUGCUGAUCCAUAAUUAUGCGUGUUGAUAUUGCAGCUGAGGAACCGUGGAGAAGAGUUCAACAUUCAUUCACCCCUUGACCAUCUUUCUCCCUAUGUAUCCAACUCAGAUCGCAACGACAUGUUUGGUUCUAUAUGUCUCUACUGCGGGAGCAAUACCUUCGAAAAAACACGCUUCCUCUUGGCUUUAUUCGACACUAACGGACGAGGGUUAAUCUCUCUGAACCAAUUGCACGACAUGGUCUUUUCCGCGUUGUGCUUGUUAGGAAAGAUGUGCGCGUUGAGCGUCAAACCGAAAGACGUGAGGAGGGAUCUGCAACACCACUUGGACGGCAUAAUGGACAGACUAAAUCCGGAAGCGUCGAUAUUAUGAUUGGCAAUGUUAUUAGUCGAGUGUGGUCAUUUGGCCUAGUUUUUGUUUUUUUACUUGACAGACCCAGACGUCGUGCUCUACUACUACAUUCACAGUUGUACCGAACGCAUUCCUGAUUAGGAAUAGAGACGCCACUCAGAGGACACCAAUUCUGAUUUCUUCUAACAGGCGGUUUUGAAGCCCUCGCGAAAACCCUAUGCGACACUAGGGACACCCUAGCAGAGGACGGCGAUUUCGAAAAUGACCUAAUCCUAGGUCUGAUAGAAGUCCAAGAAAUUGGCAGAUGUGCUACAUCGACAUUGGAGAGCAGUUUUAUCGGGAAACAUCAUUCAGCCAUAGAGAAUCCGAAGAGGAAAAGUCCCAGUCUGAGGAUGACGAAUGCACCUAGUAGGGAUUUCGAUAAAGAGAUUAUGGAGAAGCAGAAAAAAGCUGGAGAAGUGGGGAUGACGGGUAUGAUUCGGAAAAUGGCUUUAACGCGUCUUUUCUGAUUUUUGAUAAUUUCCAGUCAUGCAUUGAUUUACAGAAGUUCUAGUUCGGAAUCGGAGAAAAAACAUUUGCAAGAAAGAUACUUAGGUAAAAUUAAAGUUAUCAUUUCACCUCCACCAUAUUAUUACAGGCGGCAAAUCAGGCGGCGAUGACGCGCCGAUGCCAAGUGGAUCUGAGGGAAUGAGGACGCCUCGGGAUAAUUUGAUAAUGCCUGCAGUGCUAGAAGAAGAAUGGAUAUGCGUCACAUUGAGCUAUCCGGAUGCGAAGAGUACUAAAAUAUAUAAUACAUAGGAACACUAAGUAGAUUGAUCCUAGGUUACCGAGAAUUUUAGUUCUAGCAAACACACACUGAUGUGGUUCCUCCGUAAGAUGAAUUUGGACUUGCCAUAAGGUGAACACCUCUUCUUGUUCUACAACUGCUCCAGGUGGCCUGACGAAUCCGUCACUGGUAAAGAAAUUACGGCGGGAAAUAUGUAGUGGUUUAGCCUGCAACGACAGCCGGCUGAUAAUACAGUACAUUGGCCAAGGCGUGAUACAUCUUGCACUAGGCGGGAAACGGUACUGCUAUUCUCUGAUGUUUUAUUUUGGAAUGGGCACUCACCACGCUGUUUUUCUGAUCAUAUCGACAACAUGGAAGUUGUAAGUCCAAGUAUUUGAUUUUAGUUUUCCUCCUUUUUGAUACGUACUUCCAAACUCAACUGCAGUCUCUCCCACGCCGGCGCGGACGCAAGAACCGCUGCUCAACUGGUUUUCGUUUUCGGUCGAGCAAUGCAAUCCGAGAAGAGUACUCUGAGAAAAGGUCUACUGAAAGAAGCGCACGUCUACAACGGAAUGGAAAUAGCGGAAAAGCAAGUGAUGGAAACUGCUGAUCCAUCAGAGUUGGCUAAACUACAGCCAAGAGAGGAGGUUCCAGCUACACCGACAGGUCAUGGAGUACCGAUAUUGGAUGCGGGGACACCAUCGGAUGACGGACUAGGGAUUAUGAUGUUGCCGUUGAGGAUAGAGGUUUAGGAAGCCUCUGAUUACCCCCCUCGAGGAGGUGCGGACAAUGAAUUUUCUCAUGUCAUUCAUCUUCGUGCACUGAGAUAUUAUGUCAUGAUGCCUGGGCUACCUCUGUCCAUACUUGUUUACAUUCUCAUAGAAAUGCACAAGAGAGGGAAAUAUCCCCUCUUCAAUCGAUUCCGUAACUAGAAACUAUAGCAAUGAAAAUAUCACUUAACUCAAUAAACAGCGAUGAACAGCAAUGAAUAUAAUAAAUAGCCAAUAGAACAACUCUUGAACAAAAACUAGCAAUGAACAGAUCACUCACAUCGAAUUCGCUUUCGCAAUUCAAGCGUCCAGUCACAAUUUCUCAGCCACAAUUCCAAGAUUGACAGAAGAGCACGAAAGAUUGAUUCCCAAAAUAGAUGUUGUGCUCACGACCCUAUUAAAUGAUGCAUGUCGAUUCCCGUUCCUCCCCAUUCUGUGUUAAGUUCAUGUGAAAAAAUAUUUUCCGAAGAAAGUAGUGGAAAAUGCAGGAAGAUCUUAU